UUGUAGAGUUGUAAGGUGUUUGGUGUUUUGGUCGUGUAGUGACUUAGGGGGUGCUUAGGCGCGCUCUCGCAAGAAAACCUCACAUGGCAGUAUUGUCUGACUUUUCUUCGUUAUCGGGGCCGGAGCGUAACCCGGGGUGCAGGCCGUUGCAGCCAAUAAACAGCUGACGGUAAGGGACCUGCGAGCCUUCAUCUUGAAUAGUAAAUAGUAAGCAUCAUCACAAGGUUGUGCUCGGUAGCUGCUGCACCGUCCCUCUCUCCUGCGCGGUAGCUGAUUAGGCGUAUUGCCCGGGUCGCGACGUCCGACCGCAAUAGCAUUCAAUCCCAGACGGUGAUAGAAUGGCAGAACAAGACCAAGCACCAACAGCUCCUCCGGCAGGCCUCGACUCCGUUGAGAGACCAGAACUUCUCAACCCGAACGCGGUCGCUGCGGAGAAAGACGCGAGCGCGAUCAAUGCGCCUGCCGCGGCCGCGGAUAUGAAGGACGGUCAAUCUAUGAAUGCAGAAUCGAACGCGGGGCGGCCGGCGGGUAUUAUGCCGUCGCCUAGGACUGUACAUCGCCAAGGUCCGGCGGAUGGGCAUUCAGCCCCCACACAACACCCCGUCCAUCCAACACCAACACCAGGACCAGAAAGACAGCAUUCAAACCCGAACGAAAUGCAACACAGACCUCAACACCCCCCAUCGCCUUCCCACACCCGCCUCCCCUCCCUCUCCGCAACCCCCGACCCAACACGCGCACCACCCCCCGGACCCGGACCCAACGAUCAGCAGCGCCAUGGAGGUGGUGGAUUACCGAGCAUCUCAUCUAUGCCAUUUCCAGGACAGCCGCAAGGACAGUCCGCACGACCGAUGUCGAUUAUGGGCAUGCUCGGCGCUGGAGGCGGUUCACAACAUCAACACCUUGGGCAGCACCAACACCAACACCAGCAUCCGGGACAACAGGGACCUAUGCAAGGACCCCCCAAACGGAGUUUCGUGGACGAGGGACCGAUGGGCGGAUACGGGCGCGGUGGUCCUGGACACGUUACCUUCGAUGCUUCUCGAGCAGGACCACCACCACCACCCCCAGGCUACGGCAUGGGUCCCGCUCCCUCUACCGGCGGUAUGUAUGGCGGGCAGUAUAUGCACCAACAACAUCAACAUCAACACCAGCAUCAACACCAACACCAGCAAUAUCCUGGCCCACCGCCGCCGCCACCACCUCCGCAGCAAAGUCCGUAUGGUGGGAUGGGUGGUGGGAUGCCAGGGCCAAGCCCAUAUGGGCCUCCGGUACCGCCGCCCCAGCAGCAGGGCCCGGGGGUGUAUGGUGGGUACAGACCCACACAACCUCAGCAGACUCCCCUCCCCGGUCCCAGUCCCAUGCCAGAGAAGCGAGCGCCGUCGCCGCCGAGGGUGCAUGCACAACAGCCCAUGAGUCAAGCCCCCGGUUCCGGCUCCUUGGGAACGGCGCCGAAUCCGACGUCCAUCGGCGAUGACGGACAAAAGAAGCAUCAUCACCACCAUUACCAGCACCCGAGUAGUGCGGCGAGGCAUCAUCACCAUCACCAUACGCCUACGGGGGCUGUUGUGCAUCAUCACCAUCAUCACCACACGCAUCCGAGACCUGAGCCUAGCCUUAGCAGUCCGGUACAGGCUAUUCCCCCUCUGUCAGCGUUUACGCAUGCGCCGCCGAGGCCGCAGGUUAUUGUGAGGAAUGAGAGGGUGGUGAAGCACCUUGAUGGCUUGCCGUCGCAAUUCUUGGGCACGCUGGUAUAUGAGUGGAAAGGUGACGGUCGCGCAUUCCUCCCCAACCUACAGGGAAAGGAGAAUUGUACACUUCAGGUGCGCAUCGCGAAGAGGUAUUUGCACAAGGACGGGGAGGGUGUCGUGAAGAGGUGUGUCUGGGGAACGGAAGUAUACACCGACGACUCGGAUUUGGUCGCGAUGUUGGUCCACGCCGGCCGUAUCUCCCUCGAGGACGGAGUGAAGAGGGAUGUAGUUGUCACGCUGAGGGUUGCGCCGACGUUGGUGAGGUAUGCCGGCUCUUUCCGGAAUGGGAUUAAGAGUAGGAGUUGGAAGGUCGAGCAUGAUGGUAUGAGUGUCAUGAUUGAGGAUGUACAGCACCUUCCCACCGGCGCGGCAGAAGGCGGCUUGAGAGGGAGGAAGAAGCGGAUGAGGGAGUGGUGUACUAUGCAGAAAGAUGAGGAAAGUAAACGUGUUACGAGGACUUGGGGGACUGAGAAGGGGGUUAAGUUGGGAACUGGCGUGCUUCCGGAAUUCUUGAAGCCGAAGCCGAGGGUUAGGGGGAGGGAAAGUAAGGAUAUUGAGGAGGAGGUUAAAGCGCGUGUUCAGGAAUCUGAGCAACGCAUUGAGGAGGCUAGAGUCGAGCGUGAACGUGCACAGGAAGAAGCUUCUCAUGCCCACGCUCAUGACAACGAUCAUGAUGCGGAGGGCGAGGAUAAUGAGGGUGGGUUGGAGAAGGAUACGACGAUGGAGGAGGGUGAUACGCUUGAUGCGAUCGAGGAGAUGGAGGGGGAUGUUACGAUUGAGAUGGGAGAGGACGAGGGUCAUGGAGGGUUUGGAGGGCAUGGAGAGGUUCUUGAGGAGUUGAGGGAGAGGGGUGGGGUGCUUGAUAGGGGGGUUAUUGAGGGGGCGCAGGUUCACGGGGUGUAGGCGAUCAGUAAAGGGGAGGGAAAGAUUGUGUCGAUUGAGGAAAUCUGGGUAAAAUGGUUAGGGGUUUGGACUGGC